ACACGCACACACACACACACACACACACACACACAAAACAGACAAAUCACAGACAGCCCCCCUUACCCCUUCGCUCUCCCGACAGGUGCUACUGUUAAGACAUAGCAGAGUGGGAAUCAGAUGGUCACACAAAGCAUUAGUCUGGAUCGUUCAGAGAUGUGCUCUCCAGCCUCUUCCGCACUUCUCUGGGCCGUUAUCCUCCUCUUCCUCACAGGGGCAUUGGGUGCCAAUCUGGAGGGGGCUCUGUACAGGGACCUGAUGAAGGGUUACAGCAGGAACAUCAGACCAGCAGAAAAGUAUGGCGACAUCACAGAGGUCAAACUCAAGAUGACGCUCACCAAUCUCAUCUCUUUGAAUGAAAAAGAGGAGGCACUCACAACAAGUGUCUGGAUGGAGAUGCAAUGGUGUGACUACCGUUUGAGGUGGGAUGACAAGCCCCAGUAUAAGGUGUAUAAUAAUAUCACACGCAUGCGCAUCCCCUCCAAACACAUCUGGCUCCCAGACGUCGGCCUUGAGAACAAUAUUGAUGGCCAGUUUGAGGUGGCACUGUACGUCAACGCCCUGAUCGACCCAGAUGGCUGUGUCACCUGGAUACCCCCUGCCAUCUACCAGAGCUCCUGCCCCAUCCUGGUCCACUACUUCCCUUUUGACUGGCAAAACUGCACCAUGGUGUUCAGGUCCCAGACAUACAGUGCAAACGAGAUCAAUCUGGUCCUCAUGUUUGAAGACAACAUCACAAUGGAAUGGGUUGAAAUUGACCCUCAGGCAUUCACAGAGAAUGGCGAGUGGGUGAUAAAACACAGACCGGCGAAGAAGAUUGUGAACGAGCGCACCAGCCCAGACGAGCUGGACUACCAGGAGCUGGUCUUCUUCCUGGUCAUCCAGAGGAAGCCGCUCUUCUAUAUCAUCAACAUCAUCGUGCCCUGUGUGCUCUUCUCCUCCCUGGGCCUGCUCGUCUACUUCCUGCCAGCCAAAGCUGGAGGUCAGAAGUGUACCAUGUCCAUCGCCAUCCUCCUGGCACAGACUGUGUUCCUCUUCCUAAUCGCCAAGAAAGUUCCGGAAACGUCCAAAGCAGUGCCUCUCAUCGGAAAGUACUUGAUGUUUGUGAUGGUGGUCACAACUAUUGUGGUGAUGAAUGCAGUGGUGGUGCUCAAUGUCUCCCUGAGGACCCCCAACACACACAGCAUGAGUAAUAAAGUCAGAAAGGUACUUCUGAACAUCCUGCCUCGACUGUUGAGGAUGCACAUGCAGCCGUUGGACCCCAAAGAUGACCGCUGCAGCAGAGGAGAGAACGGCUCUCCGUUUGCGCGGCGCCGCCGAAGCUCGGUGGGUCUGAUAGCCAAGGCGGACGAGUACAUGCACAGGACGGCACGGUCCGAGCUCAUGUUCACCAGGCUGAAGGAGAGAGAUGGCCUGAUGGCUAUUGCACUGCAGAAGAUCCAGAAUGGUCUGGAGGAGGGGACAGAGCAGGAGAUUGGGGCAAGCUUGGCCAAGGCCUCGGCAGAUGUCCAGCAGUGUGUGGCAGCCUGCAAACACAUCACAGAGAGCGCUAGGCAACAGAGCGACUUCCAGAACGAGAAUGAGGAGUGGUUUCUGGCCGCUCGAGUGAUUGACAGGGUGUGCUUCUUCGCCAUGGCGAUGCUCUUCAUUUUUGGCACGAUCGGCAUCUUCCUGAUGGGUCACUUUAAUCGCGCUCCCUUAACCCCUUUUCCCGGAGACCCCAAGAAGUACCUGCCCGAGUAGGAGAGAAAGUAGAGGCUCAAACAAUGGAGGCGUUUACUUACUUGCUUGCUCACCCUUGUGCUUCAAGACUUUGGGUGGCAGUGGCAUAUUUGUUUGGGUGCCAUGGGUCAACACAAGGCAAGAGUGGACACAGCAGCAGCACCACUGCUUCAGAGAGAGGCCAUGUUGCUCCAUGGAGUGAGUCAGUGUGAACACACAUGGAGAGGCUGAAGAACAGAGAGAAAUAAACAAUGUUGAACAAUGUGAUAUUUUCAGACCAUACUUCAGUGGCUGGCAUUGCAUUCUGCAGAAAUGUCAUUUUAUACAGUGUUUUUUUUUUUAUCAUAUACUGUAUGUAAUAUUGUGGAAAAUA